AUGACUAAAAAUUACCCCACUUUGCCGCUCGCAUCGACACACCCAACUGUGUUGAAAGCAUACGCGUUUCUGGCUCAUCUUUUGCAAGAUGAGCCAGAAUCACCACACCCAUAUAUCAUUACUGCAGGAUUUCGUCGUAGUUCCUGCAGUACUGCGGAUUUUAUGGUGAUCGUUACCGGUGUCGUCAUAAUGGAUUUUGUCGUUUCUGGUGUCUUCGUUCCUG